AUGAUGAAGCGUGUGCAAGUGCAUCCCGAGCCCGAAGGACCGUCUCCGUCCUCUCACCCGGAAUUGACGGAUGAAAAAGUGGACGGCAGGAACCCUCUGGGGAAGCUGUGCCGCACUUUGCGAGCCGACACGGUAAGCGCACAGCAGCGUAAGCAGUUGUGGACCAUGGUGGUUAUCGCACUCGUCCCAAUCACCAUCCUGGCCAUCCUUUCCACCAUCCUCAUGGUCAACUCCAGCGCCACUAACACCCAGCUCCAAUGGGUGCGGGCUAAGGUCGGCGGUAGUGUGCAGGAUGUCGGGCAGGUCGCUCAUCGUCUGCAGAUCGAAAGAGGCAUCUCUUCCCUAUUCAUCUACUUGGGCGGAGAGGAGCUGUUGAACAAGCUGCGUGGUAUAUUUAACGAAACCGAUCGCACCAUCGAGAACAUCUCCUGGGUUUAUGACAACGAUUCCUACUCUAUGCCUGGUCAUUUCAAAAGUAAGGCCGCCUACAGGGUUAAUCUGAACGCCUUUCGAGAGACUGUUGUCUCUCGAAAUGCGGCCAUAGCAGACGUCAUGAACUUCUACUCGGGCGAGAUAGAGACAAUCAUCAAUGGGCACCUGCAAGGAAUCAAGCAGUCAGCAGGUAAGCUCUGGUCUCAAUUGAUCUCCUAUCAGCUGCUUCUUAUGGCCAAGGAGCAAACGGGCAAAGAACGAGCCAUCGGAGCGACUUUCUUCUCUCGAGGAGGGUACAGCCUGAGCGAAGACUACCUUUGGUUCAUGAACGUAAGUUACAUGGGAAGGGGAUUGUUAGAGACGUCCUUUCAGUAUUGGUCCUCACUUCGCGACGUCUAUACAGGUACGGUCAAAGACACUCUGGCUGCUGCAGUCAACAAAAUGCGAGAUGAAGUAUACCUCAACGAUCAUGAAAUGCUGUCACCCUCACUGAUCAAGGGUGACAUGUGGUUCGACAACAUGACCUCCUACAUCAACGAUUUACUGACACUGCAGACCCACUUGGCCGAUGUUAUCAUCAAUGAACUGGAGGCAGACUUGCUAGGGGGCAUCUACAACGUGGUGGCCUGCGCCUUUCUGCUCUCCACGGUUCUCAUCACGGGCCCGCUGAUCAUGAGAGGCAUCAUCCGCCAGACCCAGCAAAUCCAACGGGUGGGUGACUCCCUACAUCGCAAGACGCUGGAGCUCCGGGAAGAGAAGAUGAAGUCGGACUCGCUACUGUAUCAGAUGCUACCCAAGGUGGUAGCUGAGCAACUCAAGCUGACGGGACAAGCGCCCGCCGAGACCUACGACGAAGUGACGGUGUUCUUUUCAGAUGUGGUCAACUUCACUGCCAUGUCCGCUAUCAGUUCACCAAUGCAGGUACCGUUCUUGUUUUACUCAUGCAUUCAGUGA